ACCCGCGUAUCGUCGGUAUUAUCAUUUAAGAGAUUUUUUAUGAUUUCUCGUAAAAGGAUUAUUUAAAGGAUAACGAUAUGCAACUAUGAAUUUCUUUUAAUAAUUUUUUAAAAAACUACUUGCAAAUAAAAAAAGCGAUUCACUGUCGUAUGUUUAUGUAACUGAUGUAAAAAAAAAUCUAGUUCUUAUACGUGUGCGUUAGAGUGUCGAUCAAUUUUACUCGACGAACUUGUUCUUAUUCAGUUAAUUAGGUUUAUCCAUUUGAUUCGAUAGUCACCUACGGGUGAAUAAAAAUGGCCACCCCUCAAACUCCGAGUAUGGACCCUUGGACAAUCCAACCUAGAGAACGUGCAAGAUAUAGAGAGCAAUUUGAUUCUCUAAAACCAAUCAAUGGUAUUGUUACUGGAGAGCAAGCAAAAGAAUUUUUGCUUAAAUCUCAGCUUCCACCUGUCAUUCUUGGACAAAUAUGGGCUUUAUCAGAUACAGAUUCAGAUGGAAAAAUGGAUAUAAAUGAAUUUAGUAUUGCAUGUAAAUUAAUUAAUUUGAAAUUACGAGGCUUUGAAAUUCCUAAGACUUUGCCGUCAACUUUAAUACAAAGUAUAAAGUCAUUUUCGGCCAAUGAUACUAAUAUUACAAAUUUAACAAAUGGAGCUGUUAAUAUUCCAUCACAGAAUAAUGUAGCUUCAUUAGUAAAUUUAUCUGGUCCAUCACAAGUUCCAGUACAGCCUUUGAUUGGUGGAAUGUCUAUAGGAUCUGUUCCUCGUCCUCUUAUAGCACCUUCAUCUACGAAUGGACCAUUACCAGGACAUACUAUUAGACCUGUUUCACCAAUGACUUUACCAGCAUCACGACAAAGUAAACAGAAUGUGGCUGCCACUACACAUGCCACAACUUACACAGGGUCAAAGCCACCUGCUCGACCUGCACCACCCUCUGUGGGAAUCGUGCCUUCCACAAGUACUACCACUACUACUACUAUUACCACUACUUCUGGUGGUGGUCCUCCUCAAAGACCUGCACCACCCACAAAUAUCGGAGCAAAUUUCUCACCUGUUAUCAGUGGUCUACCAGCAAAACCUGCUGCAUCUUCGUUUCCUAAUAGCCCUGUUGCUGCUGGAAUUUCACCAGUAAAAGUUCCAUCUGUUUCUGGAACAACCGUAGUUCCUUCAGGUCAAUCUGUACAACCAAUGAAUGCAUCUGCUAUAGGUAUACCUACAGUAGCACCAAUUGCACCUUUAAAUACAAAUCCAACGCCAAUUGCUGCUUUUGGUAUGGGACAAACAAUGCCUAUACAAUCAUUAUGUACUGCUAUGGUUGUUUCAGUAACAGGUGGUUCUAUAGUACCAUCAAUUGCACCAAUAUCUAGUGGAACUGGUGUAGUAUCCACUCCCCCAGUUGUAGGUUUACCUCUAGUAUCUGCAACCACAACAAAUGGUACAUUAGUAAAUGGUGUAAUUGCUCAAACACCAGUAUCUACAAGUACACCAUUAAGUACAAUUGCACGUCCACCAAGUAUAGAUAGAGUUGGCUCAGUUGAUUCACAACAUAGUCAACAUUCAGUAGGUUCCCCACAAUCUGUAGAAUGGGCAGUACCUCAUCAAACAAAAUUAAAGUAUACUCAGUUGUUUAAUACUUGGGAUAGGACACGAUCUGGAUUUCUCUCAGGUCCUCAAGCUAGAAAUAUUAUGGUGCAGUCACAAUUACCCCAACAAAUGUUGGCACAAAUAUGGGCAUUAGCGGAUAUGGAUUCAGAUGGUCGUUUGAGUUGUGAUGAAUUUGUAUUAGCAAUGCAUUUAUGUGAUAUAGCUAAAAUUGGUGAAAAAAUACCUAAUACACUACCAAUUGAACUUAUUCCACCUGCAUUCAGGCGUCAACGACAAAGUAGCUUAACACUUUCACAAAGUGGUACAGAAAAUGUAGAUCCGUCAGCAGGUAUGCCACAGACUUCUUUUGAAGAUAAGCGAAAAGAAAACUUUGAAAAAGGACAAGCGGAACUAGAGCGGAGACGUAAAGCUUUAUUAGAAAUUCAGCGUAAAGAACAAGAAGAACGCGAACGGAAAGAAAGAGAAGAAGCUGAAAAACAAGAAAAAAUUAGAUUAGAGCAAGAAAGACGAAGACAAGCAGAAAUUGAGAAACAAAUGCAAAGACAAAAAGAAAUUGAGCAAGAAAAAGAAGAACAACGAAAACGAGCUCAAGAACAAAGAGAAGCAGCGCGAAAAGAAAUGGAGAGACAACGACAAUUAGAAUGGGAAAAACAGAAAUCUCAAGAACUUCAAGCUCAGAGACAAAAAGAACAAGAUGUAUUACUUAAAUUAAAAGCAAAAAAUCAAACAUUAACUAUUGAGUUAGGAACACUUAAUGAUAAAGUGAAGGAACUAUCGCAAAAAAUUUGUGAUACUCGAGUAGGUGUAUCUGGUGUGAAAUCAACUAUUGAUGGAAUGCGAUCAACACGUGAUGCACAAUUACAAGAAAUGGCUGCUUUAAAAAAUAAACUCCGAGAACAAAAUCAAAGAUUAUUAGCUUUGAGCCAAGAAAAAGCUCGGAUUGAAGCAAAGAACAAAUUAAAUACAGCUAUAGAAUCAGCAGGUCAAGAAGCUAUCAAAAUGGCUUUUGAUAACAAACAAAUUACUUUAAAACAAAUGAAAGAUAAAAUUGCUGAUUUACAGCAACAGAUUGAUGCUAAAAUGGCUGAUAUAGAAAAUAAUAAUGGCCAGCUCCAAGAUAUUAAAACACAAUUGGAAACUUUAAUAACUGAUUGUAAGAAUCUUUAUGUAACUUUCGAAGACAAAAAAUUAAAAGUUUUAGAACUCAGAGCAAGUAGUGAUAGCGGUGCUGGUACUGAUUAUACAACUUCUGCAUGGGGUGAUAGUGCUUGGAAUGAUACUUCAGCAACAAUUAAUGAUUCUGCUUGGCCUGUUAAUGAUACGACUACAACUAAUACAGUGGAAGAAACUACUCCAGGAGUUAUGAAAUAUAGAGCUUUAUAUGAAUUUGUAGCUAGAAAUCAAGAUGAAAUAUCUUUUCAACCUGGUGAUAUUAUUUUGGUACCACCCGUUCAAAACGCAGAACCAGGAUGGAUGGCAGGUGAAAUUCGUGGUCAUACUGGUUGGUUCCCUGAAUCUUAUGUAGAACCAAUAGAUACUGGAACCACAAAUGAUAAUGCUUUCGUACAACAAGAUAGUAUGGAGAAGAGAACAUUAGAAGGAAUUGCUGAAGUCCCUGAAAACGUAUCUGACGCGGGAUCACUUGAUGAACCUCCUUCUGUCGAACCUCUUAUACCUACUUUGGGAUUAGGCACAAUAUGUGAUAUACAAGUAACAACUUUAUAUUAUUAUCAUCCUACAAUGGAUCAACAUCUUCCUUUUGAGAAGGGAGAUAUCAUUAAAGUUGAUGAACAGCAAGGUGAUUGGUGGCAUGGCAUAUCCAAUAACGGAGUUAAAGGAUGGUUCCCAAAAUCUUAUGUGAAAGAAAUUGCUGUUAAUCAAAACACAGCAAUAGUUGAUGAUCUUAAUGAAUAUUACGUAGCGUUAUAUCCAUAUGUUUCUACGGAAACUGGAGAUUUAACUUUUAAUCAAGGAGAAGUUAUAUUAGUUACUAAGAAGGAAGGUGAUUGGUGGACAGGCAGUAUAGGAGAUAGAAAUGGAAUUUUUCCUGCCAAUUAUGUAGAAAAAUGCGAUAUUCCAGACCAAGGUGCCUCUGUAAUUACUAAUGUAUCUGAAACAACUACAAUUACGACAACAAUUGGGGAUACAAUCACAAAUAAUUAUGAAAUAAGUACUUCGGUCAACCAAACAAUAUUGCAAACAGAGGAAACCUCUGAGCAGCUCGAAGAUGAAAGAGCAGCUGCAGAAGAUAGAGCAGAAUUGCCAGAUUUUACUGCAAUGGCUGCACAACAGUAUUAUAAGAGAGGAAGAAAACCUGAAAUUGUACAAGUCAUUGCACCUUAUGAAGCUACUAGUUCUGAACAAUUAAAUUUACAAAAAGGACAAUUAAUAAUGAUCCGUAAAAAGACAGAUAGUGGUUGGUGGGAAGGAGAAUUACAAGCACGUGGUAAAAAAAGACAAAUUGGUUGGUUCCCAGCAUCUUAUGUUAAACCUUUAACUAGUAGUAGUAAUCGAAGUACACCUGUUUCUCAUGGAUAUCAAGACUCUCCUACAGAUCCAAAUGUUGAGCGCGUUAUGGCAUUAUAUCCGUAUCAAGCACAAAAUGAAGAUGAAUUAAGUUUCGAAAAAGGUGAUGUUAUUACCGUACUUGCAAAAGACGAAGCAGCAUGGUGGAAAGGCGAAUUAAACGGAAUGUCUGGUGUUUUUCCCAGUAAUUAUGUAUCUUCUAUGUUUAAUGAGAUGAUAACUGACUUAAUGGCUGGAUUGGAUUCCAUGGAAAGAAAACGACAAGAAUACAUUAAAGAACUUAUCAUGACUGAACAAGCAUAUAUAGAAGAUAUGAGGCUUGUUCAUGAGGUAUUUGAAAAACCUCUUAUUGAAAGUUUAGUUUUAACAAUGGAUGAAGUAGAUAAAAUAUUUGUUAACUGGAGAGAUAUUAUUGCAUGUAAUGAUAAUUUUUUGAGAACAUUACGAAUACGACGAGAUAAUAGCGAAAAUGGGAUUGUAAGAAUGAUUGGAGAUAUUUUAUGUGAAAAUAUUCCUAGAAUGUCAGCAUACAUAAGAUUUUGUAGCUGUCAGAUAUCUGCUGCUGUAUAUCUUCAAAGAUUGACCGAAACUGUACCGGAAUUUGUUAAAGUUGCUCAAAUUUGUCAACAAGAUCCACGCACAAAAGGAAUGCCUUUGAGUUCUUUCCUCAUAAAACCAAUGCAAAGAAUAACAAAGUAUCCCCUUAUUAUUAGCAAAAUUUUGCAGCAUACUCCAAUUAAUCAUCCUGAUAGACAAUAUCUUCAAGAAGCAUUAACCAAAGCAGAAGAAUUUUGUACUCAAGUAAAUGAAGGAGUUAGAGAAAAAGAAAAUAGUGAUAGAUUAGAAUGGCUUCAAACACAUGUAGCUUGUGAUGGUCUUGAAGAACAACUUAUUUUUAAUUCUUUAACCAAUUCUUUAGGUCCACGAAAACUUCUUCAUUUUAGUAUACUUCAUAAGGCAAAAAGUGGAAAAGAACUUGUUGGAUUUCUUACAAACGACUUUUUAUUAUUUGCUCAACCAAUAUUUACCAAAAGAUUUUUAUCCAAUGGACAACAAUUUUCAUUUGAGAGAAAUGAAAAUCAAAAAUUUAAGAUGUAUAGAAAGCCAAUAUUCUUAAACGAGUUAUUUUUUUUGGGUGAUUCAGAGACAAAUGGUAAUAUUAAUUUAAGUUUCAACGAAGGUACAGAAAACUCUAAAAUACUCAGAUUAAGAGAUCACAAAAAACCAAUAAUAUUAUUAGCACCCACCUCAAGUGAAUGUUCAUUAUGGAUUAAAAGAAUUAUAGAAGCAAAAAAAAUAUUUAUGGAGAAUGAAAAAUCACGUUUGCAAAAACAAAGAUCAAAGCAGGCGCAAUUUGGAGCUUGUGGGAGAAUUCUUGUUACAGUGCUUGAAGGUUUCAAUUUAAAGACAAUAAUAGUUUGCAGAAGACCAGUUCAAGGUAAACUUCAAUUAGUAAUUAUGGAAGCUGAAGAUUUAGUUAUAUUAAAGAAAGGAAAAUGUAAUACAUUUUGUAAAGUUAGUAUGGGUUCGCAAGAACAAAGAACAGGUAUUGUAUCAGGAACUGAUUGUCCUUUGUGGGAUACAUCAAUGCAAUUCCAAGUUAAAGAUUUACAUGAAGAUACAUUGUGUAUUACAGUUUUUGAUAAAGGCUAUUAUAGUCCAGAUGAAUUUCUUGGACGAGCAGAAAUAAGAGUUGCUGAUGUAAUGCGAGAUAGCAAGGAUUCUUGUGGACCAAUACAAAAACGAAUACGAUUACAUGAAGUCGAAAAAGGCAACGUUGUAUUAAAAUUGGACUUACGACUCUUUGUUCGUCACUUUCCGUUUUCCCUCACAAAGAAAACAAUUAAAAUCACGAACCCGACAAAGAUGAGUAAAACAUAUGACGAAACCAUGAAAACUUGCAGUUCUAGUAGAAGGUCACACAUCGACUGAGAUGCUUCAACGACC